AUGGCAAACAUGAAAAAAACGUCUCAGCCCAAUGAAGUGGCUCAAUUGCUCGCCGAGAUCCCACCUGUGACCCGAUCGGUGCUGCUGGCGUUUUUCGUGUUAUACACACUCAUGAGGUCAGGAAUUGUGUCACCCGAGUGGAUGUCUUUUUGGCCCUACGAUGCGUUCAUGAAAAUGCAGAUUUGGAGGGUCUUUACGGGCCCCUUGAUCAUCAACAAGGGCAAAAUGGGGACUCUUUUUACGCUUUUUGAGUUUUACACUCACUCAUCGCAUUUGGAAACCCAUCAUUUCAGCAGUAAAGAAAACGCAGAAUAUGUAUAUCUGCUUGCGGUGCUGCUGGCGGGCAUGGUAAGCUGUGUAACGGUCUCGCAAAUCCAGUGUCCUUACACGCUUGCGGAUGGAUUCAUGGCCUCUUUGACUUGUCUAUGGAGCAUCAAAAACUGGAAUACACCCUUGAUGUUUUAUGGGCUGUUCCCAAUCAAGGGCAAAUACAACCCUUUACUGCAGCUUUUUCUAUCGUACCUUUUUGACGACGAACAUCGGACUUUUCCGCUCAUAGUAACCGGUCUUGUUGUGGGGUACGUGUACAAUUGUCUGGACACCCGAUCUCUGGGACCGCUCUACGGCUACAUUAGAAGCUCGACACUAGGCUACGGAAUUGUCAACGAUGGUCAUUUCCGGGCUCCCAGGUGGUUCACCGGCAUUUGGGGCUUUCUGGCGAACAACCGGCGCCGCACUGUCAACGUGAUAGUCAAGAAUACGCAUGCAUACCAAGGUCACGGUCGCAAACUGGGAAGCAAAAAGGAAACAGCUCAGACUACCGAAGCCGAAUCUAUCAAGACCCGGAUGGACAGGGCUGCUGCUGCUGCUGCUGCUAGAGAACAAAGGACAGCUGCUAGUGCCACUGACUCUACCAAUAACCUAAAUUUUCGCGGGACUGGUCAGCGUGUUGGGUCCAACUAA